UGGCGAAAUGACGGGAGAAAACGGCCAGUGACAAGCGAAUCAAGUGCGAUCUGCCGGCAAACGCUUUCACAACACAUUCAAAUAAUCGAACACGAGUCGCCUUUGACCAGUACUGGGAUGGCAGCGUGACAAAGAGGGACUGCCGAAAAAAAUUCUAUUCUUCACGCAACCUUGUUAUUAAAUUGACUGAAUUUUAUGGCUAGAUAAUCGCCAUGGAUACUGGCGUAUGCCUACACGGGGUGUCAUGAUUUUCUCCGUACAGUCUUUCUCAAGCAUACAGGCGAGUUGACGGACUGGGCUCGGUCGCUGUUCACUGAGUUUUUCUCUCACUUGGGGACGUGAACAAGAUUUCGCCCUUAAGCUGAUAAUCGGAGCAUUUUUCAAAGCACGCACAGAGGUGAAAAACUUUUGCCAUGAUCACCAAGGGGUUGCUCGUCCUCAUGUUCAGCCUGGCAAACGGCCUGGCACUUUUCGCCGUCCAUGUAAAGGGAGCGACGCCUAAUUCGGACACCGAGGCCACUGGGGACAACGUGAAAUCGCUUUCGGGGGAGUUUCAGCAGCGGAUCCCCAUCUACAUAGGGGGUUUUUUCGCUUUACCAAACAACUCGAUCUUUGGUGCUCUCCCCUCCACGGUGCAAACAGCCAUCGAUCAUAUCAACAAUCUGACGGGAAUACUGGACGGAUACAAGCUGAAAAUGCGCUACAGACUGACCAAUGGUCUGCCAAAUGAAGCCUUGGGGUUUCUCAACGAUCUCUUGUAUGAAGGUCCAACCAUACUAAUGGCAGCCGGACCGAUAUUCUCCCGUCAGGCCUUGGUCGUUAACGAGGUAGCUCCUCGGUUUAACGUAGUCCAGGUUUGUCUAGCCAACUCGCAAGCACUCCGUGACCGUGAGAGGUACCCGCUCACCGUGCAGAUGUACUGGAGCGAAGACAGCGUCAACCCAGCGAGGGUGGCAUUCGUGCGAUACAUGAGUUGGAGAAGGGUCGCCAUCAUAUUCGAGGACAAUGAGUAUUUCCGCACGAACGCAGAAGAUCUCCGGGCCAAACUAGAAGCAGCAGGCAUCACCGUGAGGGCGACUGAAGCCAUAAGUGACUCCAGUAAACCCGACCAACAGUUACGAAGCCUUAAGAGGCACGACGCAAGAAUCAUUUUCGCUUUGUCGUACUUUGACACUGCGAUAAAGCUCUUCUGCACGGUUUUCCACAUGCAGAUGUUCGGUGGCAAAUACGUCUGGACCCUUGUUGGUUGGUAUCCAGAGCAGUGGUGGACGGCGGUGGAUAACGUCGAUUGUACUGCCGAGCAGCUGCAGAUGGCACUGGAGUAUCACUUCUCUGUGUCUGCCUGGAGAUCCGUAGAUGAUCUGGGAGAAAUCCACUAUGGUGAAAUACAACCACCAGAGUACCAGCUCGACUUUCUGCGUGGUCUCCUAGCAAAAGAGGGUGUAGACAGACUGGAACAUAUAGAAUCUUACGACGUUCUCGUCCACAUAGCAAUGUCGUUGAAUCGCUCCAUUGAAAGGCUGGCGAAUUUGAACCCUCCGAAGGCGCUGCACGAGUUUUCGUACACCGACAGCGAAAUGUCACAAGUCCUCCUGGAGAGUGUCUACCUGACUAGCUUCGUUGGGCCAACAGGUUCUGUUUUGAUCGAAGAUGGUGGAUUCAGAUCCAAGAAAAACGUUCGUUUUUUCAUAUUGCAGUUCCGAGACGGAAGGUCAACGGAAAUAAUCGAAUAUGACGACGGCUCUUCGAGUUUCCGUGCAGUGGAAAACAGGAAACUUCACUGGCCAGACGGAUCACCCCCAGUAGAUGGAAAAACAAUUAUAAUCAAAAAUGGUGAAGUCAGUCAACCCGUCCAACUCACACUCUUUGUUUUUGCCUCGGUGGGAAUAGCUUUGGAUACAGUAUUUCUUUUCAUAAACAUCAAAUUCAAAAGACAAAGGGCAAUAAAGAUCUCUACGCCACCCCUGAACAACCUGAUCGUCCUUGGCAGCCUCCUGCUCUACACGUCCGUCUUCUUGUUUGGAUUGGACCAGUCCAUCUUCACAGAUAAAGAAAUAAUACGAAUCUGCCUCAUAAAGUACAGCCUAAUGUGCAUCGGCAUCUCUUUGGCGUUUGGAGCACUUUUCAUGAAAACCUACCGAAUCCAUGCAAUAUUCAGCAGAGCUGUCGCCAAAUUGAAACGUGUGGUAAUUACAUGUAGUAAAUUGACAGGGUUCCUAACUUUAUUUUGCUAUAGGAUGGAAGCCAGUCUGUGGCCAGGCAGUGGUUUCUUAUCGCUUUGUCCUACUGCGAAUUUGAGGCAAGAAAGCCAAUUGUCUCGUGGCCAAGUGAAACGGGUUAUUGAGCAGGAAGCAAGUUCGACUGAGAACGUUACAGUCAAAUCGUAUGGUUCAACUAACACCCGAUCGGUUCCAUGCUCAUGGCUGGUAUAG